UCCAUCUCCAUUCCAUGCCGUCGUCUUCUUCUCUGCUUGCCGUCCCCCUUGCAACUCUUCUUCUGCUCUCACUCUCGCCCGCCUUCUCCUCUGCUUACAAUGUCAGCUACGACACCCGCUCCCUCCUCUUCGACGGCCACCGCAAGCUUCUCAUCUCCGCCGCCAUUCACUACCCUCGCAGCGUCCCGGCCAUGUGGCCGGGCCUCGUACAAUUGGCAAAGGAUGGUGGCGUGGAUGUCAUAGAGACCUACGUCUUCUGGAACGGUCAUGAACUCUCUCCCGAUAAUUACUAUUUUGGAGGAAGGUAUGAUCUCGUCAAGUUUUGCAAGAUUGUUCAGCAGGCUGGAAUGUAUCUGAUGCUUCGAAUUGGUCCGUUUGUGGCUGCUGAAUGGAAAUAUGGCGGAGUGCCUGUUUGGUUGCACUACUUGCCUGGAGCUGUCUUUCGAACUGACAACGAGCCUUUCAAGUAUUACAUGAAGAAAUUCACAACAUAUAUUGUGGACAUGAUGAAGAAAGAGAAACUUUUUGCCUCACAGGGAGGUCCAAUUAUCUUGGCACAGGUGGAAAAUGAAUAUGGAUUCUACGAGUCUGCUUAUGGUGAAGGGGGAAAAAGGUAUACAUUGUGGGCAGCCAAUAUGGCUGUUUCUCAGAACAUUGGUGUUCCUUGGAUUAUGUGCCAACAGUUUGAUCCACCAGCUUCUGUGAUUGACACAUGCAAUUCAUUUUACUGCGAUCACUUCAAACCAAUCUCUCCAAAUAAGCCAAAAAUCUGGACUGAAAACUGGCCAGGAUGGUUUAAAACAUUUGGAUCCAGUAAUCCACACAGACCUCCUGAAGAUGUGGCCUUUUCAGUUGCUCGUUUUUUCCAGAAAGGGGGAUGCCUGCAGAAUUACUAUAUGUAUCAUGGUGGGACAAACUUUGGGCGAACUUCAGGUGGACCAUUAAUCACCACAAGUUAUGACUAUGAUGCACCAAUUGAUGAAUAUGGCUUGGCUAGAUGGCCCAAAUGGGGGCAUCUUAAAGAGCUUCAUAAAUCUAUAAAGCUCUGUGAGCAAGCAUUGCUAAGUGGAGCACCCACAGUUCUGUCACUGGGCGAUUCACAAGAGGUUGAUGUAUAUGAAGAUUCAUCUGGAGCUUGUGCUGCUUUUAUAUCUAACAUGGAUGAUAAAAAUGACAAAACAGUUGUGUUCCGAAAUACAUCAUAUUUCCUGCCAGCAUGGUCAGUUAGCAUUCUACCUGACUGCAAGAAUGUUGUUUUUAACACAGCGAAGGUUAGUUCUCAAAGUUCUGUGGUUGAUAUGAUACCAACAAAAUUUCAAUCAUCAAGUACAUCAAUAAACAAAAGCUCUGGCCAUCUUCAAUGGGAUAUUUUUAAGGAGAAAGUUGGAAUUUGGGAUGCAGCUGAUUUUACUAAGAUUGGCUUGGUGGAUCAUAUUAACACAACAAAAGAUAGCACGGAUUACCUUUGGUACACAACAAGUUUGUUUGUCGAUGAGACUGAGGAGUUCCUGAGAAAUGGCACAAGUCCAAUGCUUGUAAUUGAAUCGAAGGGACAUGCUAUACUUAUUUUUGUCAACCAGAAGCUCCAAGGUAAUGGCUUUGGGAAUGGCACAGUGUGGACAUUCAAAUUUAAAGGUCAUAUAACUCUCAAGCCUGGGAAUAAUGAAAUUGCUUUAUUAAGCAUGACAGUUGGCCUGCAGAAUGCAGGAGCAUUUUAUGAGUGGAUAGGAGCAGGACCUACCAGCGUCAGGGUUCUGGGGUUGAAGAGUGGUACAGUAGAUUUGUCCAACAGUACAUGGAACUACAAGAUUGGACUGGAAGGUGAACAUCACAACAUAUAUGAGACAGAAAACUCCAAUUCCAUAAACUGGGUAUCAACUUCAGAGCCCCCAAAAUAUCAGCCUCUCACUUGGUACAGGGCUGUGAUUGAUUCUCCACCUGGUCAAGACCCUGUUGGACUAGAUAUGAUGCACAUGGGGAAAGGGCUAGCUUGGCUGAAUGGAAAUGAGAUUGGACGUUAUUGGCCUAGGAAAGCCUCGGAACAUGAAAUAUGUGUUGAGCAAUGUGACUAUAGGGGCAAAUUUAUGCCUAACAAAUGUAACACAGGUUGUGGAGAACCUACGCAAAGAUGGUACCAUGUUCCGAGAUCUUGGUUUAAACCAUCAAACAAUAUCUUGGUGAUCUUUGAAGAGAAAGGUGGAGAUCCUACUAAGAUUCAGCUGGCAAGGCGGAAGGUCUCAAGUGUCUGUGUGCAUAUGUCGGAAGAUCAUCCAGCUGCUUCCGACUCGGUGUACUUGAAGAAAGGCAUAGUUGGAGAUUAUAAAAAGAAAUCAAUAGCUAGGCUGAAAUGCCCUAAGAGCAGUUACAUAUCCGAGGUGAAAUUUGCAAGCUUUGGAGAUCCUGUGGGGACUUGUGGAUCAUAUUCCCGAGGAGAAUGCCAUGACCCUAAUUCUAUUUCGGUGGUCGAAAAGGUUUGCCUGAAGCAGAAUGAAUGCAUAUUGGAUCUGGCUGGAGCGACUUUCAACAGGAGCUCAAGCCUGUGUGGGAUUGGGGGUUUGGUAAGGAAACUUGCUGUUGAGGUGGUGUGCAGCUGAGUGUGAGUGUGUCGUAGUUGUUGUUGUUGUUGCCUCCUUUAAUUUCCUGGGGAUUGUGCCUGUGAUUGCAGCUGGCUGGCUGCCUGUCUCUUCUUGGUCAUCCAUUUUUAUUUUUUUUUUAUUGCUUUGAUUUUGAUGAACGAAUGACAGGACAGGACAAGCAAGCAAAGCAAACAUAUAACAUAUUGAGUGUGUAGCUUCCUGGCCUUCCUUCCUUUUCUGCUUGCUUGUUCCCCUCCCCAUAUGCAAAUUCAAUGCGCUGUGCUA